CGUAUGCAUCAACACUCAACAGCGCUACAAGUGCAGUCCAUGCAUCGAUCCAUGGCAGCAGACAUCAAGUGCGAGCAGCCGAAGCGGACGCCGAGCCCGAGCGCUUCGUCUCUGAGGAUCUUCGGCUACGACGUGGCUGGCUCGGGUAUCGCCGACCGCAUCAUCGAGCCUCCGCCUCAGGACGAUGGCCGGCCGGCCGUGGUGGACAGCAGGCGCAGGUUCGAGUGCCAGUACUGCUGCCGCGAGUUCGCUAACUCGCAGGCGCUUGGCGGACACCAGAACGCGCACAAGAAGGAGCGGCAGCAGCUGAAGAGGGAGCGCCAGUUCGCAGCCCGCGCACUUGUCGGCGGCCCCGCUGCAGCGGGCUUGGGUGGCAUCUGCGCCGCCGGCUUCACGUCGUCACAGUCACAGCCACCGCCAGGGCACAUCAUCGCAGUAAGCCCGGGCGCCAUAGCCAGCUGGGUCUACCUCGCCAACCAGCCAGCCGCAACCAUGGGCCUGCCCUUCCACGCCGGCGUAUGCCAACCUGAGCCGUUGAUGCUGCGCGGCGGUACCGGCAGCAGCAUCCUCCGUCGAUCAUACGAGCUGUGCGCUCCUGCUGACGACGACUUGGAGGAAUCAUCGGCGAUGGGGCUAGACCUGCACCUCAGCCUUGCUCCGGCCAGUUCAUCCUAACUGGGGAUAAAUCAUCCCCCGGCCUCAUCGAUUGAACCACGCAACACAUAAACUGUAACUCACAUAAGUCCCAA